CAGCUGUCUGACAGUUUGGUUGAUGAUGAUGACAUGAUGACCGAAAAAUACGUUUUGUUUACGUUCUAUCAGUCAUCAAACGUAAAUCAUGGCUGCCGGUCCGAUUGCUGAGCGGAAUCAAGAUGCCACAAUCUAUGUCGGCGGAUUGGAUGAUAAGGUUUCGGAAACGCUGCUGUGGGAGAUGUUUGUCCAGGCGGGACCAGUAGUAAACGUUCACAUGCCCAAAGAUCGUGUAACGCAGAUGCAUCAGGGUUACGGCUUUGUGGAAUUUCUGGGUGAAGAAGAUGCGGACUAUGCCAUCAAGAUUAUGAACAUGAUUAAGCUGUACGGCAAACCCAUCCGAGUGAAUAAGGCCUCUGCUCAUCAAAAGAAUCUGGAUGUAGGAGCUAAUAUCUUCAUCGGCAAUUUGGAUCCUGAGGUAGAUGAAAAACUGCUUUAUGAUACUUUUUCUGCCUUCGGCGUAAUUCUACAAACGCCGAAAAUUAUGAGAGAUCCGGAAACGGGCAAUUCUAAAGGAUUUGCGUUUAUAAAUUUCGCAAGCUUUGAAGCUUCGGACGCGGCGAUGGAUGCCAUGAACGGCCAGUAUUUGUGUAAUCGUCCUAUUUCGGUGUCGUACGCAUUUAAAAAGGAUUCUAAGGGUGAGAGGCAUGGGUCGGCAGCUGAACGUCUAUUGGCGGCACAGAAUCCACUUUCGCAUGCUGAUCGGCCUCAUCAGUUGUUUGCGGAUGCGCCGGUUCCUCCUCCGAUUAUGCCGAUGAUGCCAUCGCAUCCAAUGAUGCCUCCGCCAUUAAUGGCUCCACCGCCACCGCCGACCCCAUCAGCCGUGCCACCACCACCGCAAGCACCUUCCGCUCCGUCGUUUACGCCAGGAGCUAUUCCUCCUCCACCGUUGCCCCCACCAAUCGGGCAACCCCCACUUCCACCGAGUGCUCCGAUGGGAAUUCCGGCUCCACCGAGGAUGAUUCCUCCUCCGCCGUGGCAACAGCCAGCUCCUCCACCACCAACACCACCCUCGAUGCCGCCAGUGGGCGCUCCGAGACCUCCCCCGCCCAACUGGAGGCCUCCACAGCCCCCAUUACCGCCGCAAAUGCCACCGGCAGGAUUUCCAGGUCAACCUCGAUUACCACCACCACCCCCGGCGACCAAUUUCAGUGCAGACACGUUCAAUUUCUAGACAGUGUGGAUGAGAUGCGGUUUGAUUUUGAUAGCGUUUUAAGUUGGACGAUCGAGUGGAAUAAACCUGGUAAGAAUGAUGGAGCUCCGAUCGGAUCAUUCAAGUUCCGAACAUUCCCACAUUUAUGGAUGUUAUUCAACAUCUUCACUAACUUAUGA